GCAAAGUCACCUGGGAGAAGCAGCGGGCCUCGCUGGCCGAGCCUCCCGGGGGACGUCCAUCCUAACUAAGGGAAAGCAGGACCCAGUGGCCACAGAGACUGGCGGGGCCCCACCCCUCACAGGCACUGGCCCAUGCUCCCUCUUGGAGGCCCAGGAAACACCUCUGUCCGUGAGGCAACUCCUCCCACCCCCAGUUACCCCCCACAGUGUGGGUGCAAGAGAGCAUUUUCUCUUUCAAGCUUCCCAGGAGACUUGGACAGAACUUAGACGUACUUACAGAAGAAAGGACGACAAAGAAAAGGGAACCAUGGGCAAGAGAGUGGCCGUCAUCGGAGCUGGCGUCAGCGGCCUGGCCGCCAUCAGGAGCUGCCUGGAGGAGGGGCUGGAGCCCACCUGCUUUGAGAGGAGCGAUGACAUCGGGGGCCUGUGGAAGUUCUCGGGCCGAGCAGAGGAGGGCAGGGCCAGCAUUUACCAGUCGGUCUUCACCAACUCCUCCAAGGAGAUGAUGUGCUUCCCAGACUUCCCUUACCCCGACGACUACCCCAACUUCAUGCACCACAGCAAGCUCCAGGAGUACAUCAUCGCGUUCGCCAAAGAAAAGGGUCUCCUAAAGUACAUACGAUUCGAGACAUUUGUGUCUUCUGUAAGCAAACGCCCUGAUUUCUCAGUCACUGGCCAAUGGGACGUUACCACAGAAAAGGAUGGUAAGAAGGAAUCGGCCAUCUUUGAUGCUGUCAUGAUCUGUUCUGGGCAUCAUGUCUACCCCAACCUCCCCAAAGAGUCCUUUCCAGGACUAAAACAAUUUAAAGGCAAAAUCUUCCACAGCAGGGACUACAAGGACCCAGGAACAUUCAAGGGAAAGCGAGUCCUGGUGAUUGGCCUGGGGAACUCCGGCUGCGAUAUUGCCACGGAACUCAGCCGCACAGCUGAGCAGGUCAUCAUCAGCUCCAGAAGUGGCUCCUGGGUGAUGAGCCGCGUCUGGGACGACGGUUACCCCUGGGACAUGCUGUUUAUCACUCGGUUUGAAACCAUGCUCAAGAACAGCUUACCGACAGCCAUCUCUGACUGGUGGUACGUGAAGCAGAUGAAUGCAAGAUUCAAGCAUGAGAACUACAGCUUGAUGCCUUUAAAUGGAACCCUUAGGAAAGAGCCCGUGUUCAACGACGAGCUCCCGGCUCGCAUUCUGUGUGGCACCGUGUCCAUCAAGCCUAACGUGAAGGAGUUCACAGAGACUGCGGCCACUUUUGAGGAUGGGACCGUGUUCAAGGACAUCGACUGUGUCAUCUUUGCCACCGGCUAUAGCUAUGCCUACCCCUUCCUCGAUGACUCCAUCAUCAAAAGCAGAAACAAUGAGGUCACCUUGUUUAAAGGCAUCUUCCCCCCACUGAUGGAGAAGCCCACCCUGGCAGUGAUUGGCCUUGUCCAGUCCCUCGGGGCCGCCAUUCCCACAACUGACCUGCAAGCCCGCUGGGCAGCACGAAUAAUAAAGGGAACUUGUACUUUGCCAUCUGUAAAAGACAUGAUGAGUGAUAUUGAUGAGAAAAUGGGGAAAAAGCUCAAAUGGUUUGGCAAGAGUGAGACCAUACAGACAGAUUACAUCGUCUAUAUGGAUGAACUGGCCUCUUUCAUUGGGGCGAAGCCCAACAUCCCAUGGCUGUUUCUCACAGAUCCCAAACUGGCUGUGGAAGUUUUCUUUGGCCCUUGUAGUCCCUACCAGUUCCGGCUUGUGGGCCCAGGGAGGUGGGAAGGGGCCAGAAAUGCCAUCCUGACGCAGUGGGACCGGUCCCUGAAGCCCAUGAAAACACGAAAAGCUGGGAGAAUUCAGAAGCCUUGCUUAUUUGCCCGUUGGCUCAAGCUCCUUGCUAUUCCUAUUCUCAUCAUUGCUGUUUUCUUUGUGCUGAUUUCAUCAAUCAUUAUUUCCAGUAGAGUUUCUGAAAAUUACUGACAAUCCCCAGGCCAAACGUUCCUAUUUAAGAAUUAAGAUUUCCAUACUCCUGAUUUUGCUGUUCAGCAUAUGUUUACCAGUACUCUAUAGACAAUCAAUAAAACCAUGUUCUUUCAAGACUUUAAAACAAACCCUUUUAAGAAUAAUGUCACGAGCCAGUCACAUAACCUAGUGGUUGAGGGAGCCAGAUUUUACUGGGUCAACUGCAGUUCAAAUCCUGGCUCUGAUGGCUCAGAAAACUGGAAAAGAGGGAGAAUUGGAGAAAGGACCACCCCCUUCGGGGGUACUUUAUCCCUUUCUCUCUCCAGUACUCUGUAGCAAGCACACACACUCUCUCCUUCAGCAGAACGAUGGGAGGGGAAAGUAGUCACCCUGAAGGACUCGAGUCUCUUACAGUGUCCCAGAGACUGACUCCAAACUGUAUUCCAAGAAGUGAGUGUAUCCCCAGAUACCACCACCUAGUCAAACUCAAGCUCCUGUAGAUCAACUUCAAUAUGCAUCCCGUGCUCAUGGGUCAGUUCCUCGAUCAUUCUAUGAAAAGCGUAACCUCCUGCCCUGCUGUUUCUUCCUGGCAUUGUUGGUUUGGCAGUCAUCAGUGUCUUCUCACUAGCACGUAAGCUCUGUGACAGCAGAAAAGUGUGUCCAUGGCUGAAUCCACUGCCCGGAAAUAGCAGCCAGUGUAUAUCUUCUGUUCCUGUGGAAACAAGUUUAUUGCCCCCCUGGCGAAUGUUCUAGGCACACAGCAGUACGUGGGAGGGAAACUUGUGCUACACGUGGCUGCUUGGAAAGGCAGGUUGUUGGAUCGUUCGUUACAGAGAGGCCAACCGAUGAGGCCACAAACGGCAUUGCAAAGACCAUGUGUCAUACUCAUAGAGUCUCAGGAGAAGGGCUCACCCUGACCACAGAAAGUCACCCAGAGAAGCACCAGGUCAUGAGGAGGGAGCAAGCGGAAGGCAAGCAAACAGGCUCACUGGCACUUUUUCCUAAAAUCUUUUAUUUCCUUGUUUAUUGUCUGCCUUCCCCUUUCUCACCUCCACCUGAAUGUAAACACAAAUCCCACCUGGCUUACUUUCCACCAAAUCUUCAGUACCUUUACUGUGUCUUAUAUGUAAUAGAUAUGAUAACUAUGUAUUAGAUUAAUAAAUAUAUUUGCAUAUGUAUCUCUGUCAUAUGUACAUUGUCAUGUAAAUUGUUACACAUUCUUAAUCCAUAUUCACAUAAAUAAAAUUAUUUAACAUAA